AUGGACAUCUUUGUAGACGAGAUAUCAAAGACGCUGCAGAACAUUGUCAGCAUAAAGACGCCGCCUAUGGAAAAAGAAGGCGAAAUGUCGGACGGAGCGCCCCUGCACACGCCCAGCAGCCUCUCCAGCGAUCCAGCAGCCAGCUCGUCCGAGUACAGAAUGUACAUAUCGAGAAUCCACGUUCUCGGAGAGUUUCUUCCCGAAGGCGGCGCGCAUCCAGAGGAGUCCGCCCAGAAAGCACUUCUGCACGAGCCUGCAGCGGAAGAGACGCAGCUGCGCGUUCUUCUGGAGGCGUACAGAAAGCUGGACGCAUGCGAUGGCGGGCCUCCACCCUGCGUGUCUGAGGAGGAGUACAAGGCACUGUACGAAACCCUCAAAGAGCGGAGAGCGCUUGUGGGCAAGCCGAAGGAGUUCUGCGUCAUGGAGCUGAAGAGGGCGCUUAUUAGAAAGAUGCUAAGCGUAGACCUGCGCCGCCCAAUGCGGGAUAUUUUUCACGUGCUUUUGGGGAUAGUCCAGAUGCACUUUCGCGUUAUACGGAGCCACGCGCAGACGCUGACUGAGGCCUUUAGCCGGCUUGUGAUUGUGCUCCGCAGCAGAAUAUUCAUACUUGAGGACAUGGAAAGCACCUCUGGGAGCUCCUUCACAGUGAAGGAAGCCUGCACCUCGCACUUAGUGAAGUACGUGGCGCUCACGAACAUAAUAGAGCACCUGCAGAAAGCGCACAAAGUGUGCAACUACGAGGCCAAGCUGAUAGAAAAGGCGAUUGCAGGAAUCCUGCAGACAGAGGAGUAUCAGGCGCUGUGUAACGUGGCCUGCGAGGCCCGGAAAGAGGGCUCUGCAGAUGCUCUCGCCAGCACGUGCGAGGCCGACUCCGAGCCGUCCACACAGAGCCUCGGCACGUGUAGCACGGGGGCGCCCCCCAGAAAAAGAGACAAGGGAAGGCCCAUCCUAAGAAGCAUUCUCAGGUGGGUGGAGAGAGAAAAGGCGUCAACUGAGCACCUCCUGGAGGAAACUUCGUGGAUGUUCGGGUCGUAUAAGUGGGCGCCGUACAUCACGGAGCGGUACGUAAACAUGGACGCGCUUCGAAAAGAAGCAAAAACAGACGCGAGGAGGAGAGGCCUCAGAAUACGGUACAUCGAGGAAACGCUGGCUCGGGCCGAAAGGGGCCUGCAGGGCCUGUGCGACGUGCUUUCUAUCCUGGGCACCAUAAACGCGUGCAAGGAAGAGGGGUACGCGUGCACGCCCCCGUUUAAGAGCAUAUUCCGCUUGCUGGAUGUUCUAAGAGACGCGCUGCGGGCAGAAAGCGCCUCCGACCCGGCGCAGGACAUAGACACAUACCAGAAGGGGCUCAUCCAGCACAUACACAUACUGGUUCCGCUGUCGUACUUCCUCCCAACCGACCAGACUGUGUUUAUGGGGUACCUCCUGCUCAAGCACGGCCUGAUUAAGCGCGCAGAAGACGCAAAGCUCUACUAUGCGUACGACACGCUCACAUACAAGUCCGACAGCGUCGCCAAGCUGCAGGCUCUGCUGACGGAAAGAGUGUCGGACAAGGUGCAGCGGUUCCAGGAAGUGCUGCAGAGGGAGGGCCGGCUAAAAGAGAUGGCGCACGCCCUGGCAAAAAGAGUCCAGACGCACACGGUGCAGUAUCUGAUCAGGAAGUCGCCUAGGGGCCUUGUGCAAAAAGUGGCAGACGGAAUCAAGGCGAUAUACAUCUCGCCAGAGAGCACAAGCGAGCGCGAGCUCCAGAAGCUUCUCGGGCGCGCCUCCUUCCUGAAAAAGAUCGCAGAGUACGUCUUGCCGUCCGAGCCGUACAUUUCGUUCUCCCGGCUGAAGAGGCACCUGGUGAAAAACAUGUCCAAAAAGCGCAAAAAGCGCGCAUGA